AUGGAAGCCUGCAGCGACCCCGACACACUCAUCCUGGUCAUCUGCGCGCUGAUCAUCGUGAUCCUGCUGCCCUUCAGUCUUCUCAUGGCACUGCACUGCGCCAGCCAUGAAGCGGAGGCCGGGGUGCAGCGCGACGAGGAGGAGCAGGCUGCCUUCGAGCGCGACAUGGACCUCAUCUGCGCAGACCUGUCGCGCCAGCUGGCGGAGCGCCAGCUGCGCUGUCUGCGCGAGAAGGGCGGGGACGGCGGCUCUCAUGCUGUGAAGGACGAUAGCGGCCAUGGUGGUCUUCGCCAGGAAAUGGACUUCGGCUCUAUCGGCGACCUUGGUGUACAGCUUGAUGAGAAGAAGGUCGUGCCUUGCCCCGGCACCUUCACCGAGCACUACGCCUUCACCCCCAGGGACUGAGCGUGCAAGCAGUC